AUGGUAACGCCUGCCCAGGCCUGGACCACCUCGCUCGGUCCCCUGUCGGCGGGGCACAGCCCUCGAGGGGGUGUCCAGCGCAGACCCCUACCCGUCACGCUGCGUCGACCUCGGUCCCUCGCCGGGGGUCUGCGCUCAGCCGCCCCCACGGGCGGGGGCGGGGGCGGGGGUGCAGGAGCCCGUCCCCGGCCGUGUCCCCGCUCCCCUCUGGGCCCCCGUCUGCCGUGUGUGAAGGGGAUGGAGCGGGAUGAGAGGACCUGGUUCCCCGUGUCAGUCCAGAAGGUCCGUGAGCAUCGUUUAGAUGCAGCCCUGCGGGCCGGGUUCUGCCGGUCCCCUUGCUCCACGCUGUCUCCCGCCUCGGCUCCCGCCGAGGAACGGUUACAGGCCCCGCCGGGCUUCGCUCACUGGGAAGGAAUGGAAACAGGUCGAUUAGGUUUCACGGAAAUCAUUUGGAGGGGCCCACGUCUGGCCGAAGGUGUUUGGGUUGCUGUGGUCCCGGGCUGGGCUGCCCGGCUGACUGACCCCCCUUCCCUGGACACAGCCAUCCAGCACACCCUGGCGGGCCUCUAUCCCCCUUUUGAGGCCACGGCACCAACCGUCCUGGGUCAAGUGUUCCGUCUCCUGGAUUCUGACUUCCGGGGAGAUGGACUGAGCUUCCUCCUGGAUUUCCUGAUCCCUGCCAAGCGCCUGUGUGAGCAAGUGCGCGAAGCAGCCUGUGCCCCCUACUCACACCGCCUCUUCCUGCACGAGGGCUGGCCGCUGUGCCUGCGGGAUGCGGUCGUGGUCCACCUGGCACCCCUCAGUCCCCUCUUACUGCGCCAGGGCGACUUCUACCUCCAAGCUGAGCCCCGGGAGGAGCAGUCCGCCUGCAUCACCGUCAAGUGCCUCUCCUCGGACCUCCGCACAGUGGACACAAAGCCUGUUCCUGUGUCGUCCUACCCUCUUCUCUUCACCCAGGCGUGGCUGGAGGCCAUCAACAGUGACUUCAAGGGCAGUCCCCUAUGCAACUGUCUGGUGGCUUCAGAGGAUGGGAUUGUCCCUGUGCCCUGGACCAAGAUAGCCAGUCCAAAGUUUGUCGAUGACAGACCCCAAGCAGUGACUGUCCUCUCCCAGGCCUGGGGGUCCCUCCAAUUAGAGGCAUUGGAUUUGAGCAGCUCUCAAGGGCCACACCAGGCCAGGUCCCCAGGCAGCCAGGCGCUGCUUGCCCGGAGCUUGGCCAAGGGUAAGGACGGGACAUAUGAGAACAAGUACCCGGGACUCAUCAAGGUGGAGCAAGCCGGGCCUGGGGAGGUGGCCUUCAGGAUGGACAAUGCGGCCAGCCAGGACGUGGAGGGAGACUAUGUGGCCCUCCUGGACUUUUCCCCAGAGAGCAGAGCAGGGUCUCCCAGUACGGAGGUGGAGGCAUCCCCUGGGUGUCCUUUCGGGGCCCUGGAGGAGCCGUCUGGAACUAAGGAAAUCCCUGUCUCUCAAAGACUGCUGCUGCUCUCAGGGGCCAGUGGGGGACCUUCUUUGGAAAGAUGGGCUUGCGCAAAGCCAGCAAGCUCGGAGGAGGAGCCGCGCGUUUUGGGCUUGAGGAGAAAGGUCAACCAUAAAGCCCUCACCCACCACUCAGAACGCCAGUCCCAAGAGCCCUACCUCAACGUCCUUUGGGACCCACUGCACUCUGGCUUUGGGACAGGUGUCUCAGAAGAGCCAGCUGUCUCCAAGAUGCAGGGACCUCUAGGAAACCCAGAGAAUGUGGUCCAGCUCAGGCCUGGACCAAAACAAGCAUCCUCUCCCCGGCUGAGCCCCGCUUCUCCUCCUGCUGCUUCAGCCCCUGAAACCAAGAUGGAACAGGGGGCCAAACAGGGAAACGGGAGACUUCUCAAGCCCGUGACCAGCCCCAGUCGAAACACCUCUUCCCGAUCCCCCAGUCCUGGGCUCAAAUUCUCGUUCUUGAAGGGGCAGAGGCAAGCCCCCGUGCUCCCGGAGAAAGCCUCGCUCCGGCAUGAUGGGGCUUGGAAGGUCUUGUGUUCGCUCUACUCGCCCAAACCCAACAGAGCCAAGGGCUCGGGGAAAGCUGGAACAACUCAGACCGAAACAUCUGGCUCAGCUGCUGACUCGGCCUCACUGACCAGGGAGAAGUCUGCCUUCUCAGAAGCUUCUGCAGGCCCUCCAGAAAGAGGCCCUCCACUGGAUGCAGAGCCUGAGCCCGGGAUUGGGGCUCUGAGUGUGGAGAUCUUCCGUUCCGGGAUAGCGUGCCUGCCAGGCGGUCGGGACAGGGCGGGGCGGCCCUUGCUUCUGAUGUCAACCACUGAGGGGGCCUGGGAGGCACCAUGGUGCACGGCCUCAGAGGUCGCCAAACUGCUCUCCUAUCUGUGCACUGUCCCCAGGCCUGAAGAGAAAGCCAAGGGCCUGGUGGUCGUGAUUGACGCCAGGAAACAGCCCCCGCAUCCUGGUCUGGUCAGUGCCCUGCAGGCCACCCAGGGUCUGGUCCCAGCCUCCAUCCGGGCCCUGCUCUUCCUCGGGGAGAAGGAGGCGGCUCUCCAGCUGGAGACGUUACCUGACAUCCAGGUGGAGGUCCUGACCUCCCUGAAGGCCCUCAGCCACCACGUGGACCCCAGUCAGCUGCCCGCAGCCCUGGAAGGCCCCCUCCCCUACUGCCACAGCGAGUGGGUGCAGUUCUUCCAGAAGUUGGACCCUUUCCUGACUGGCCUCCGCCAGGCCUCCUCCCUGCUGCAGGCCUCCAUCAAGGAGUUUGAGAAGGGCGACCCCCCUGGAGGGGUGCAGGAGGCCUCCAGGUGUCUGAGCAAGUCCAAGGAGCUGAUGGAGGCUGUGCUGAGGGAUCCAGGCCUGCUGGGCCUCCAGCGGGAAGGCGGAGCCACCCUGGCCAGGCUGCAGCAGGAGGCCAGCAGGCUGGACUUCAACCCUGACGUCAGGAACCAUCUGGCUGAAGCCGCCGCUCUGUACAGCCUCAUGGACGAGCAGCUGCAUGUCCUGGUCACUGCGUCCAACCACCUCCUGGGGAGGCUGGAGCUCCGCGUCCGCCUGGGCCACCUGGAAGCUGCCAUCCGCCAGGUCAGCCACUGGAUGGAGCAGGAAGGAGGCCGGUGCCUGCAUGCGCUGACCCCCCAGGACGGAAGCUUGGAGAUGGUGGAGAAAGCCCACGCCGAGUUUGAGGACUUCUUCCUGCAGGCUGCAGCCCAGUACCGCCGCGGCCUGGAGCUGUCCAAGCAGGCGGCCCAGCUGGGAGCUGCUGCUGGAGGGGCGGGAGAGGCAGCGGGACCAGAGUUCCCGGAGCUGACAGCCUUCGCCGCCACCCAGCGGGCCUUCCAGGCCAAGCUGACCCACUUCUACAUGGCGGCCGAGCGGCAGCGCACAGACCUGGAGACGCUGCUGCACCUGCGCCGCUUCUGCAGGAAGAUGACCUGGUUCCACAUGGACUGUCAGGACCUGAUGACCCAGCUCAGGCUGGGCAAGGCCCAGAGGGCCAGCCCUGGGGACCAGCGCCGCCUCCGCCGCUACCUGCAGCGACUGGCGUCCGAGUUCCCUGCUGAGAAGCUCACGGCCAUGGGGCUGCAGGUGGCCUCCCUGAGCCAGGAAGACCUGGGCCGGGACCUGUGGGAGGAGGCCUGGGCGAGACUAGAGGAGAUCCAGACCCUCCUGAAGAAGGCGUUGGCCCACUGUCCGUGCCCAGCAGGUCCCACUGCCCACUUGGAACUGAGAGGGACAGCUGCCCAGGGCCGGGGUCUGAAUGCAGAAGUCACUUCCAAGGGAAGGUGGGACCUGCCCCUCCAGGACUCACUGGGCCUGGAGGGUUCACCAAAAUCCCGUUGGCGUCCUUGGGCCCCCAGAGGGGGGCGGAACAGAAAUUUCCAGGUGGGCCCUCUGCCCAGGGAAGCCGGCCAGGCUGUAGAGGCUGAUGAAGGCGAAGGCCCCCACGAGCCCCUGGAUCCUGCCCCUGAGCGAUCUCUUGCCGCCCUCUUGUCCUGGCAUCAGCUCCCCAGGCAGAAUCAGACCCCCCGCCCCACUGGGGGCAGCUUCUCCUCAGAGGGGACAGACUCGCAGACGUCUCUGGAGGACUCACCACAGACAAGUCCCCCUGCCUCCCUCUAGCUGGGAGCCCCACCACUGCACCAGGCUCAGGGGAUGCUGGGGUGGGGCCCAGCUGCAGAGGGAGCUGGGAGCCCUGGCCCAUCCCAUCGCGAUGUGGCUCCUGAGCACUCAGUGUGUGUUCAGCCUGUGCUGGGGGAACAAGACCCUGGACCUGCUCCUGGCUCCAGGAGACUCGAGGAAGACCCGACUCACACACACGGAGAGUAGUCAGAGUGAGGUCAGGGCAGGAUGCAGUGGAGCACGGGCCGGCUCCACAGGCCCCGGUCUCACUGUGGAAAGAGCUGUUGGUGCAGACCCUCCUGGGGGUCUCAGUCGUAGGCAGGCCAGAUGGCCAGCUGGAGUGCAGGGAUACGCAGCUUCCCCCUGGUGCACGAGAGGCAUGGUUGCCCUCAUCCGGAACCACGGGUGGGGAGGUUCGGCAGUGGCUCCUUGCCUUAGGUCCCAUGGAAACAGACCCCGAGACAAGGGUUCAAGGGCAUGUUUAUUUGGCCGUGAUCCCAGGAACCACUGGUGGAGGUGUAGGGAGUGAGUCUGGGGAGGGAAUAAAGGGUGUUGGUGUCAAGUAAAUUACCGCAUGCUAUUUAU